CCCGCCCCGCCCCUCCGCCGCGGGGGGUUGCAGCGCCGGGAGGUCUGCGCUCCAGCUCCAGCUCCCGCUCCCGCUCCCGCCUGGCGCAGGGCGGCUUCUUCCCGCCCGCGCAUCCCUUUCGCGGCUCACUUUCCCCUCGGCCUCUGGGUGGAGCAGCCCGCACUGCCGACCUGGGGCUGUUUGUGGACUCCUCCGCGAAACAGAGCGCGCCGUGGGUGGGAUUCCGGGUGCCGAGCCCUGCCCCCUCCUGGAGACGCUGCGCGUGUGAGCGGCCCGGCUCCGUUUGAAUUUCCGCACCUCGGGAGUUGCGGAGCCCACAUCGCUGAAGCUGCCUGGGUGAAGAGCCAAAUUUUUUUUUCUCCCCCUCCUUUUGGGAGAGUAGCCGUCUCUGGGACUUGUUUCAGAUCCCAUCUUCUCUGCAAAUCACCAGGUUGCAUCUUCCCUGAUCGGAAUACAUUUCUGAAAAGGACAUGGAUGAAAAUGAAAGCAGCCAGUCCCUGAUGACAAGCAGCCAAUAUCCCAAAGAAGCAGUAAGAAAACGCCAGAAUUCAGCCCGGAGCUCUGUAGGAAGUGAUUCUUCUAGGUUUUCCAGGAAAAGUUUCAAACUGGAUUACAGACUAGAGGAAGAUGUAACUAAAUCAAAGAAAGGAAAGGAUGGCAGAUUUGUUAACCCAUGGCCGACGUGGAAAAAUCUCUCCAUUCCAAACGUUCUCAGAUGGCUGAUAAUGGAAAAAGAUCACAGCAGUGUUCCAGGCUCCAAGGAGGAACUUGAUAAAGAGCUCCCGGUGCUGAAGCCAUAUUUUAUCGACGAGCCCCAGGAGGCCGGCGUGCGGGAGGCCGGCCUGCGGGUCACGUGGCUGGGACACGCCACGGUGAUGGUGGAAAUGGACGAGCUCAUCUUCCUCACCGACCCCGUCUUCAGCUCUCGCGCGUCACCGUCACAGCGCGUGGGUCCCAAGCGGUUCCGCCGCGCGCCCUGCACCGUGAGCGAACUGCCCCCGAUAGACGCGGUCCUCAUCAGCCACAACCACUACGACCACCUGGACUACAACUCCGUCCUCGCCCUGAACGAGCGCUUCGGCCCGGAGCUGCGGUGGUUCGUUCCUCUGGGCCUCCUCGACUGGAUGCAGAAGUGCGGCUGUGAGAACGUGAUCGAGCUGGACUGGUGGGAGGAGAACUGUGUCCCCGGCCACGAUCAGGUCACCUUUGUCUUCACCCCUUCACAGCACUGGUGUAAAAGGACUCUCAUGGAUGACAACAAGGUUCUGUGGGGCAGCUGGUCUGUCUUGGGGCCCUGGAGUCGGUUUUUUUUCGCAGGAGACACUGGUUAUUGCCCGGCUUUCGAAGAGAUAGGAAAACGGUUUGGCCCCUUUGACCUCGCGGCUAUUCCCAUCGGCGCGUAUGAACCCAGGUGGUUUAUGAAAUACCAGCACGUAGACCCGGAAGAAGCUGUGAGGAUUCACAUUGACGUUCAGACAAGGAAAUCUGUGGCAAUUCACUGGGGAACUUUUGCCUUAGCAAAUGAGCAUUACUUGGAGCCCCCAGUGAAGCUGAGCGAGGCUCUAGGAAGAUACGGACUUAAGACGGAAGAUUUUUUUGUCUUGAAGCAUGGAGAAUCCAGAUACCUCAAUACUGAUGAGGACAACUCUGAAUAAAUGUGAGCGCAGGAGCCGUCAGUGAUGAAGGUAUCUGCAAAGCUCAGACGGACUCACAAAUGCAUGAACACGAGGAUUUCCGACACUUAGGAAACAACUUCGACGAGUUAGUGUUCUGUUUCGCGUGGUAACUUGCUUGCUGCUCUGCCUGCCAAUCCUUACAGAGAAGCAGGAGUUCCGAGGUGGGUUAUUUACACAGCGGAUUGGCAAAGGGGAAUUAAAACCCUCUGAAUAAUGUAAGCAUUGCAAUGGAAUUCUUUUUAAUAUUAUAGUGUAAUGGUAGAAGUCGGAUGUUAUGAAAAUGGAUU